CAGCUUCCGUGUUCAGAGGAACGUCGCUGGUUUUUGGUCCACAACUCGAGCAGAAUGGAGGGCUGGGUCUCGAUUCUCAGACUCAGCGUUGGUGUGGGUUUUUAAUGAGAAAAGCCGAUCCUACGUCAGCUUCAUAAAUCAGUGGGUCCACCAUGGAGGAUCAAGCAGCAUCUUCAGCAUCUACUUCUCCACCUGAGGGCAUCUCUUACAGAUUCUCUGUUACGGCUCAGGACGGUGGGGUUGCUAAUGUAGUCCAGCUGAAUAACUGCAACAUUGGAGGUUCUUUCAACUCAGCAGCAACUAUUAAUCAGAUUCAUCAACAGACUUCUAAAGGACGUUCAAAUAUUGCAUGCAGCAUUUCAGAGAGGGUCACAGAAGUACUGAAAUGUAACUUAAAAAGGAAAUUUGAAACAAUCUUUGAGGGAAUUGCAAAGAGGGGAAACCCAACUUUAUUAAAUAAGAUCUAUACAGAGCUCUACAUCACAGAGGGAGAAAGAGAAGGACUGAAUAAGGAACAUGAGGUUUGGCAGAUUGAUGCAACAUUCAAGACACCUCCUGAACAAGACCUGCCAAUCAGCUGCAAUGACAUCUUCAAACCCUUAAACAUCCAAGAUCAUCAAAAACAAACAGAAGAAGAAAAGGCUAGAGGCAUCACUCCUCCACAGUUUCAAAAAGCUGAAAAAAGACAGCCCAGAGUUGUGUUGACUAAAGGAAUUGCUGGCAUUGGAAAAACAGUCUCUGUCCAGAAGUUCAUUCUUGACUGGGCUGAAGGAAAAGCCAAUCAGGACAUUGAUCUUCUGUUGGUGCUGCCUUUCCGUGAGUUGAACUCAAUCAAAGAUGAGGAACAGAGUCUCCACGAGCUUCUGCUUGACUUUCACUCUGAACUCAAAGAAUUUGAGGAUACAAAAUAUUACAAUGAAUGCAAAAUUCUCAGCAUCGCUGGAUGA